AUGAGAGGAUGGCAGGAGGGGGUGUCUGGAGAGAUGAGAGGAUGCCAGGAGGGAGAGUCUGGAGAGAUGAGAGGAUGCCAGGAGGGAGAGUCUGGAGAGAUGAGAGGAUGCCAGGAGGGAGAGUCUGGAGAGUCUGGAGAGAUGAGAGGAUGCCAGGAGGGAGAGUCUGGAGAGAUGAGAGGAUGCCAGGAGGGAGAGUCUGGAGAGUCUGGAGAGAUGAGAGGAUGCCAGGAGGGAGAGUCUGGAGAGAUGAGAGGAUUCCAGGAGGGAGAGUCUGGAGAGAUGAGAGGAUGCCAGGAGGGAGAGUCUGGAGAGAUGAGAGGAUGGCAGGAGGGAGAAUCUGGAGAGAUGAGAGGAUGGCAGGAGUUUGGUCAUGGCCAACAUGACUGUACCGCCCCGGAGCAGCAGCAGACCAACAGGAGCCUGUCUCUGAAGGAAGCCUCUGACUAUCUCCUGCAGCAGAGUGAACAGUACCGUCACUGGGUUCUCCUCGCUCUGGAGUGGAUCAUACGGACGGGGGAGGACGUUGGCAUACGGCUGAUCGGGGAUAACCCAGAGGAGGCAGUAGCGGACGUGAGUGAGGUGACUCGUCUGGAGUCGACCCACCCCAAGAUGUCCUUCUCCUGCCGCUUCAGAAGAGCCUUUUUCACAGUCAUCCACAGGGUGCUGCUCAUCCUAACAGUGAUUGGUCUGGUGUGGGGUGUAUUCUACUACAUGAAGUAUCGUUGGAGGAGAGAGGAAGAGGAGACCAGGCACAUGUAUGACAUGGUGGAGAGAAUCAUAGGUGUUCUGAGGAUCCACAACGCGUCAUGUCAGGAGAACAAUGACCUCCAGCCCUACCUGCCCAUCCCUCACGUCAGAGACUCCCUGGUUCAGCCCCAGGACAGAAAGAAGCUGAAGAAGGUCUGGGACCGGGCUGUGACCUUCCUCUCAGCCAAUGAGAGCCGUAUCAGGACAGAGUCUCAGCGGAUUGGCGGAGCCGACUUCCUGGUGUGGAGGUGGCUCCAGCCCUCUCUGAGCUGCGACCAGAUCUCACUCAUCCCCUCCAAAGUCUGGCAGGGCAAAGCGUUCCCUCUGGACAGGAGGAACUCUCCCCCCAACAGUUUAACACCGUGUCUGAAGAUCAGAAACAUGUUUGAUCCAGUCAUGGAGGUUGGUGAAAACUGGCAUCUGGCCAUCCACGAGGCCAUCUUGGAGAAGUGUUGUGACAACGACGGCAUCGUCCACAUCGCUGUCGACAAGAACUCCAGAGAGGGAUGUGUCUAUGUGAAGUGUCUGUCAGCAGAACACUCAGGGAAAGCCUUCAAGGCGCUACAUGGCUCCUGGUUCGAUGGUAAAUUCACUUUUUUAAUAUAUUUUAAAUGACUUUAGCCACAACACACUAGUCUUUGUUUGUCCUUCGUUGUCCUUCCGUCCUCUAAUGAACCUUGUUGUUACCUGCUGACUUCCUUAUUGUUGACCAUUUUAUCUCACCACCUGGAUCAAAACCAAUAGCCCUUGUUUGCUAACUUUGAGCCAAUAGCAUUUUGUACUACUAUUCAUGUGGGGCUGUGGUCAUUGAUACCGGAUAAAAUAGGAAGGAUUUAAGAGAUUUAGUCACAUGGUUGGUUUUCAUUGUCUCUCGCUCUCUCCCUACCUACCGUCUCUCUCUCCCUCCCUCCCUACCUACCGUCUCUCUCUCUCCCUCCCUACCUACCGUCUCUCUCUCCCUCCCUCCCUACCU